UUCAAUAUGGAUGACACGGGACAGCCAGAUAUAUGUCGGGUGUGUCGCUGUGAAGGCACCCCAGACAAGGCUCUGUAUCAUCCAUGUGUUUGUACUGGAAGUAUCAAAUUUAUUCACCAAGAUUGUCUUCUUCAGUGGUUGACAUACAGUCGUAAAGAAUAUUGUGAAUUAUGCAAGCACAGAUUUGCAUUUACUCCAAUUUAUUCACCAGACAUGCCGAAGCGGCUGCCCAUCAAAGACAUCUGUAGUGGCCUGGUGACAAGUAUGGCCAGAGCUGUUCGAUAUUGGUUCCAUUAUACAUUAGUAGCCUUUGCCUGGCUAGGGGUUGUCCCUUUAACAGCGUGUCGAAUCUAUAGAUGUUUGUUUACUGGAAGUGUUAGUUCUCUAUUGACUUUACCAUUAGACAUGUUAUCAACAGAAAAUUUAGCGUCUGAUUGUUUUCAAGGCUGUUUUGUUGUCACAUGUACGCUGUGUGCAUUUAUUAGUCUGGUCUGGUUACGAGAACAGAUAUUACAUGGUGGGGGUCCUGAUUGGUUGGAACAGGAUAAUCAACAAGCUAAUCAACAAAGGAAUUUUCUUGAUGGUAACCCUGUCAAUAAUUUUAUUGGUGGAAUUGCUGGAGGUGGUAAUAGAGGUCAAGUCAAUCAAAAUGAUCAAAAUAACCAACCAGCCAAUGAGGUAGAAGAAGAGAUAGAGGGUGAGGAAGGGGCAGAUGGUAAUGAUGGAGGAAAUAAUGAAAAUAAUGCUGCUCAAGAUGAUAUUAAUUGGAAUCCAAUAGAAUGGGAUAGAGCUGCAGAAGAAUUAACAUGGGAGAGAUUACUUGGUUUAGACGGAUCUUUAGUAUUUCUAGAGCAUGUCUUCUGGGUUGUUUCACUCAACACAUUAUUUAUAUUAGUUUUUGCUUUUUGUCCAUAUCAUAUUGGCCAUUUUACGUUGGUUGGAUGCAAAAUUGAUGAUAUUGUAACUGCAUCGCAUUUUGAAGGUUUAUUAACAACAAUAUCAGGUUAUGUUGUUAUUGGUAUUGCAUUACUUAUACUAUAUCUACUCUGUUCAUUGGCUAAAUUAAAAAAAUUUCGGAGAGUAUUAGGGUUAUGUUAUGUUGUGGUAAAGGUCAAACUACUGGUGGUGGUUGAAAUAGGAUUUUUCCCAUUGAUAUGUGGCUGGUGGCUGGAUAUUUGUUCAUUAUCGAUGUUUGAUGCCAUGUUGAAAGAUAGAAAGACAAGUUUCCAUCUGGCACCAGGAACAUCCAUGUUUAUACAUUGGCUAGUUGGAAUGGUUUAUGUUUUUUAUUUUGCUUCCUUUAUUCUCCUACUAAGAGAGGUUCUACGACCGGGUGUUUUGUGGUUCCUUAGAAAUCAUAAUGAUCCGGAAUUCAACCCCAUACAAGAAAUGAUUCAUCUACCAGUUUAUCGUCAUGUUAGGAGAUUUAUAGCAUCAGUGAUUAUAUUUGGUAGUACUGUAUUGUUAAUGUUAUGGUUACCGAUACGAGUUAUUCGUAAAUUGUUUGUUACAUUUCUUCCCUAUCAUGUUAUGUUAUCUAGUGAUGCUCCAGUGAGUGAAUUAUCACUAGAACUGUUAUUAUUACAAGUCGUUUUACCAGCUUUAUUAGAACAAGGUCAUACUAGGCUAUGGAUGAAGAGUAUGGUACGAGCUUGGACUGUCGGUGUAGCCUGGUUAUUAAAUCUACGAUCAUAUCUUAUUGGUGAUGUUACAAUUGAAGAUGGGGAUGAAGUCAUACAUGGAGAUCAACCACCUCCCCAACAAGCUAAUCCACCACCUAAUAAUGCUGCACCGCAACCAGCUCAACCUCAGGGUGACGGAGAGGGUUUAGGAGCAGCACAUCAAGCCAUGUUACAGGGUGGAGGACCUACAGGAUUUCAACCAUAUAAAAGACCACAUUUUUUUGCUGUCAGGGUAAUUAUGUUAGUGGUGUUAAUGUGUAUUACUUUAUUUGCUGCUAGUCUCAUGUCUCUUACAUUACCAGUUUUUAUUGGACGCCGUUUAAUGUCUGUGUGGAUGGGAGAAGCUAAAAUACAUGAGUUAUAUACAGCGGCUUGUGGUCUAUAUGUGUGUUGGUUAUCAUUACGAAUCAGUUUGUUUCUGUAUAACUGGAUACCACAAGGCUGGGCUGUUAUAGUCAAUAAACUCAGACAUUGGUCAAUACUGGCCAUUAAAUCUAUAGUUAUUGCUGUUAUGUUAAUUGGUGCUGUACCAUUAUUAUUGGGUUUAUUAUUUGAACUAGUUGUAGUGGCACCACUCCGUGUUCCAUUAGAUCAGUCACCGGUUUUCUUUCCUUGGCAGGACUGGGCUUUAGGUGUUCUACAUGCUAAGAUAAUAUGUGCUGUUACUAUGAUGGGACCACAGUGGUGGUUAAAAAGAGUCAUGGAACAGGUGUAUAAUGAUGGAUUGAGGAAUAUGAAUCUUAUGUAUAUAUUACGUCAUCUAUGUUUACCUGUUGUCAUGACAUUAGGAAUGGCUCUAGCUAUACCAUAUGUUCUCUCAAAAAGUGUUGUGCCCUUAUUUGAUAUAGAUGAAGCAACUUUAAUACUUGUUGAAAGACGAAUUUAUCCAUAUCUUCUUAGUUGUAUUGUUAUCAUAAGUGUUUGUACAUUCCAACUACGUCAAUUUAAACGCCUGUACAAUCACAUUAAAGAUGAUAAAUAUUUGGUUGGACAAAGAUUGGUGAAUUAUGAACAUAUUAAUAUUCAACGUCAACAAUCACAAGAAGAAGUAUCUUGAUUGAUUAUUGAAUAAAAUUUAAACCAAUACAAAUAAUGUUGUACUGUAAAACAAGAACUUGAAAUGCCAUGAAAUUAGUCUGAUAUGCUUUAUUGACCGGUCUAAAACUUUUUCUUCUUCAUUCACCUUAGAUUAUCAAAGUCUAAAUUAAUUUAUUCCUGUUUCAAAUGUAAAAUUUGUUGUAAACAUGACUUAAAUUAAACUUAACAAACACAAAAUUGUUAAAGAUGUAGUUUAAUCUUUAUGUAGAGUAGGCUACCCAAAAUUAAAAACAGAAUAAAAAAAAUUAAUGCAAGAUGUUCCAGAUAUCAGUCAGAAGCUAAUUGGAAUUAUUGCAACUAGCAAUAGAUCUAUUAGUGAAACAAUAUCUUAUUCUCAUUGAUUUCUUGUUUUGCAGUAUAUAAGCAUGUAUAUUUGUACAUUGUUUUUGUUGUAGCUGAGUGCUGGAAUAUGUGUGCUGUUCAUUUUCUUUCUUUUUGUGUGUAAAUUUAAUUUUCUCAGUGUGACUGUGGUAAGCAUGAGAGAGAGAGAGUAGGGGUUGAAUAUAUUAUUCCUGUGAUAUAGUAAUUGUAAAUAAAAAAAUAAUAAAUAGAUAUAAUUUCCCUAAGAUAUUAAAUUAAUGGUGAAUUUUCAUGCGUAAUUAAUGCAAGAUGUAUGUUAAUUUUCAACAAAAUUCCUGACAUACAUUGUGUAUUUGUUUUAUAUUAAGACUUUUAAUUUGUCUAUAAUUAUGACAUUGCUUAAUAGCAUUCAUUGAAAAAUAAAACCCAAACAUAUUGUAUAUUGCUUUGUUUUAGCUUGGUGUUAUCUUUUUGAUGGUAUAUGUCCCAAACAUGCAGGAAUAAAGCAAAUUGUACAGAUUUAAGUUAAAGUUAAAGCAAAGUAUUUCAUUUAUCAGCUUGUCGGCUUAAUUAGAUUGCUGUUAUAAUCAUGUGAAUCAGAUUACAGUAGUUUUAGCAAAAUCUGUCAAUGAUUGAAGUCAUUAUUAAUUGUAAUAAAAACAUCUUUUAAGUUACAAAGUUUUGUAAAGCAAACCUAAUUUAAUACUAUUUGAAUUAUUCUUUUAUUUAUAUUAUAACUAAAAUGGUUACUAUAAUCUAAAACCUUGUAGAGUGUAUAAAUCUAUGUUAUGUAUUAUCUUUUAAUUAAGUUUUGUUUAUCUUCAUCUAUAUUUGAUGCUUCAUGAUUUUCAAAUUUUCAACAGCAUUUCUUCUAGUUAAAUUUAAAGCAGAAAUUCAGAAACUCUAGUCAGAAUUAAAGGAUUAUGGGAAAAUGGAUUUGAACAAAAUAAAACAUGUACCCCAAAAUACCUUAUAAAAUUUAUCUGCUAAUAAUUUUUAUUUUCACUAGUCUUACAAUAGAUUACAUCAAGUAACUCAUCAAAAAUAAGUAUACUAAAUUCGAUAGUGCUAUUUCAAGAAAAACAAUACCACUUAGUGUUAUUUCGUUUCCAAGAAAAACAAUACCACUCGGUCAUGGUUGUUUUUUGUUUUUUUUCAGUUUUUAUAGCAUAUAGUAAUAUGUUUUAUUCAUUACCAUCUUUGUGAAAUUAUUGUAGAGUCAUUAUAUCAUUUAUACCUACUGAUUGCAUGUCAUGAUUGCAAAGAUAACUUACACAAAAUGUUCUCCAUAUUGCAAUUAAGUGUGUAAUAAAAGAAAUCUUUUAA